UUAAUUUUAAAUUUAAACGAGAAUGUCUGUCAUUUUAAUUUCCCAUCACGAUGAAAAUAUAUACAGCAGCGCGAAAAAGGCGCCGGUAUGCCGCAAGAAAGAACCGCGGUACGUCUCCACAUUCCAAAAACCGUUGAAAAUCGAAAAUCAGAAGCGAAAACGUUAUUCGCACGCGACAAUGGGCCUACCCGAAAGAGAACCUACCGACCCUUCCCAAUUUCUUCAGAAGAACAAAGGCGUUAGGCACAAGGUGAUUAGAGAAAGGCCCUACACGCCGCACGUCAAAUUGAGACCUCCCGUUAUUCCUACCGCUGCACUUUUAAAGGAAGAUGUGGAGCGUAGAAACAAAACGCCACCCAUGGCGAAUUUCGUAGCGCGCAAUAUUAAAAACGCAGUACAUCUCAAACCGAAGGCGCCAGUGGAACGCGUCGUAAUUAACUGUCACGGCGACUCCAAGAAAAUAGCAGCAGGAAUGGAACCGGUUUAUAUCUACGAAGAAGGCUUCGGAAAAGUUCCACAGUAUUUAAGGGCGAUUAUUCAAAAACGCGAGAGGCAUGUGCAGUUUCAGAAGGACGUAGCAGAUGUCGAACAACCUAAGUGCCGAUACGUAACAAAGGAACAAAGAGCGGAGUUACUUAAGGGUUUGAAAGACAAUUGGGAGGAACUGCAACGGCAGUAUCAGGGUUUACCGAUUAUCACGGAUACCAUACCGAAAAUUAAUCGAAAACUUAAGUUGGAGAAUGAUCUGAAACUAUUGGAAAAGGACAUUGUUUUGUUAGAAAGACAUCCGUACAUUUAUGUUUAUUCUGAUAACGAUUUAUCGUAAUGAAUUGGACAAUUUCCAAAAAUUUUGGCAAAGUAUUACACUCAAAUCAUUAAAUAAAAAAAAACUAGUUAUUUUUGGAUUGUAAGAGAAUGUUACAUUUGCAAACGCGAUUGAAACCACAUAACAAGUUGCCCAUAUACAUAUCGUAGGCUCAUGCUGCAAUAAAGGACGCUGUGUCUUCUG